AUGAAAGUUAUGGAAUUUGAAAAGGAAUUAAUGUUCAAAGAGGGUGAUGGAAAGACUGUAAAGAGUUCACUGGCAAAAUUUGUUGAAACUGGAUUUCUCGUGGCAACAUGGUUGGCGCUGGGUCUGUAUAUGGAAAUAUUUGGACCAACACAAAAGGACUUGGUGUUGAAAUUGAAUACGGACUAUGAAAAGCUCGCAUUCGCCACUUCCGGUCGGAGCGUGGGUUUGUUUCCGGGCUGUGUAUUGGGCGGUCUGUUGGUUGAUCGAUUUGGACAAUGGUGUCACCUGAUGCUGGCGGUCAGCCUGCACAUCGCCGCCGCAGUCACUUUUGCCGUCCCGUACUCCCCCGACGUCGAUGUUCUUUGGGCGCUCUGCUUUAUCGGAGGCAUAAUGGAAUCCGUUAUUAACAUAGCGGGCCAAAAGUUGAUUCUAAACCUUUGGUUGGAAAAGUCUGCCUCGCCAAUGAUUCUGUUGCAUUCUGGUUACGGAAUUGGAUCAUUCCUGAUCCCGCUCUACACCAACCCGUUCCUCGCCCUGGUGAAUACAGUGAACGUGCCCCUUAAUAACACGUUCAUAAAUGUCACCGAGAUGCCUUACAUUGGCCAUUCUGUUUCCUAUUCAAAUGUCACACAAGAAACACAAAUAAUCAAGGAAUCAAAAAUAGAAUAUGCUUACAUGAUUUCAGCCGGAUUAGUUCUAUUGCAUUCCUUCUCAUUUUAUUUCUUUCAAAUUCGAGAACGAAAGUUUCAAAAAAUAAACAUGAACAAGGUCCUUGGCGAAAGCGUCAAAGCUAAGAAAAACAGAAAGCUGAUUGAUAUGGUGAACCCCGCCACGUGCACGGGUGGGCGGACUUGGUACGGGGUGCAAAUCUUUUCACUGUCAAUCCUGUACUUUGCGAACGCCUUCGGCGGGGAGCGCGUCGUGGCCAACUUCAUCCGCAGCUUCUCCAUUGACCAGCUUCAAUUCUCCAACGACGACGCUUCCUACAUCAACACAGCAUUCUGGAUCAGCUUUACGGUAGGGCGGGUACUGUUCUCAAUCGCUGCAAAGUGGGUGUCUAUACGCAUCCUGAUAUUAAUCGAAACAGGCGGCCUCACCGUCAUUGCCGUUCUCAUGAAUAUUCUCGCCAAGCACAACACCAUGGCCCACUGGGUGUUGGUACAACCACUCGGGGUGUUUAUAGCGCCGCUCUGGCCAUCUUGUAUGGCAUGGAUCGACUACCACAUGGAACUGACCGGGAUUGGAAUGAUGAUAUUCAUGUUGGGCGGAUCUGUAGGUGGCAUUUGCCAUUUAAGGCUUAUAGGCUACCUGUACGAAAACUUUGGUCCACAGACGUUCCUGUAUCAAGUGGUGGGUUACGCGGGCUUGGCCCUAGUGUUAGCAAUCUCUCUUAAUGUAGUUGGCUCUCAACAUGGAAAUAGGUUUUUGUGGAAUAGAGUUGAGACAGACAAAAAGAAGUCAUCAAUAAUAUCAGAAAAUGAUUCUAAAUGA